CUCUUCUAUAAGGAAACGAAUCGCUUUGGGCGUUCUGCUAAGUUUACCCCUCCCCUUUGUAGGCGGGAUAUAUCGCACGCAGCUCCUCUCUCGAAGAUGGCUGCGGGCUGGGCAGUGUGUAUCUCGGGUCGGUGGCCUGCUUUGGCGCGGUGCUGCUGGCGGGCAGAGGUGGCUGCUUACUCCUCUGCGCCGGCUGCGAGCAGCAGGGAAGCCCAGCAGAGGGAAGCUUCGACAAGGAGAAGAGGCAGGACAUCACAGUCCAUAAGAUCUCAUAUACCUCCCAGAACUGAGAGGAUGGCUGUUGACCAGGACUGGAGCAGUGUUUAUCCAACAGCAGCUGUGUUUAAACCUGCAUCUGUGCCUCUUCCAAUUCGAAUGGGUUACCCAGUGAAGGGAGGAGUACCUCCACCGAAAGAAGGCAACUUAGAGCUUGUAAAGAUUCCCAAUUUUUUACAUCUUACUCCUCCUGCAGUUAAGAAACACUGUGCAGCUCUCAGAGAUUUCUGCACUGAAUGGCCAAGUGCUUUGGACAGUGAUGAAAAAUGUGAACAGCAUUUUCCUGUUGAAAUCGAGACAGUGGAUUAUGUUUCUGCAGGUACAUCUAUUCGUAAUCCCAAAGCAAGAGUAGUGACUUUAAGAGUUAAACUUUCUAACCUGAAUUUGGAUGACCAUGCAAAGAAGAAGCUCAUUAAACUUGUAGGAGAGAAGUACUGCAAGGAUACGGAUGUUCUCACUAUUAAAACAGACAGGUGUCCACUAAGAAGACAGAACUAUGAUUAUGGAAUACAUCUCCUCACAGUUCUGUACCAUGAAUCUUGGAAAACUGAACCAUGGGAAAGUGAGAAGACUGAAGAAGACAUGGAAGAGUAUAUCUGGGAAAACAGCUCCUCUCAGAGAAAUGCCCUGGACACUCUACUUCAAAUAAAAGCCACAGAGAAUGUCAGUAAUGUAACUAAGGAAGAGCUUCUUGCAUCUGAAGUUGUUAGGAAUUACAGAAACUCUGUAAUUGCACUUAAAAAUGAAGGUGAAACAGAAAGUAACAUGUCUCAGUAUAAGGAAUCUGUGAAAAAACUAUUAAAUAUACAAGCAUUAUCGUGAAAGAUUCUGCAGGUACACUUAAUUAUUACUGAAAUACUGAAUUAUAAUAUGUUGAUAUUACUGUAUGAUAUGGAUUCAGAACUUUAACCAAAUUGCUGAUGAGUUACUUUUGAAUGUAAUUAGAUUUUUUUUUUCUCCAAGUUUUUCUUGUAAACAUAACUUAGCUGUGCAGGAAUCUUGUUCUUGAAUAAAGGAUGCAUUGAGUCAUA